AUGCAGGCCACGGGGCGUCGGCAGGCAGCGAACUUCGACCUGCCUGCCUCUGCGAGUGCUGACACUUCGUCAGCGCAACCGAUCAUGGCUCUCCAAGCGGGUCGCCAAACAGAUGCGCUGGGCGCCAAGGUUCAGAGCUCACGCCAUCCGAGGAACGGUACGGAGCGGAGGGAAUUGUGCCAAAAGAAAUGCACAAGUACUGUGAAGUGGCAUCAAAGUGCUAGAAGUAGCGUCACAGCAUAG